UUGAAAGGAUCCUCCGGAGCCGGACGGAUCUACACCGACACACACAGACACUUGUAGCCGCAGCAGGGUCGCGGUCUCUCGGCCAUGGCCUCCAUCGUGUGCCGGGUCCAGUACCUGGAGGACUCGGACCCGUUUAUCUGCACCAACUUCCCCGAACCUCGGAGACCUCCGACGGUGAACGUGGAGGAGAACCUGCCGCUCAGCGAGCAGAUCGCCGGGAUACACAAGCUGCUGGAGGCGCCUCUCAAGUUGGAGGAGUGCACCCUUCAGUUGUCCCCUAAUGGAAACUACCUGGACCUGGACUUGUCUCUGGCCGAGCAGAGAGACGAGCUGGACAGCUUCUAUGAAGACGUGAGUAAAGGGAAGAAGCCCAUCCUGAUCCUGAGGACUCAGCUCUCCGUCCGUGUUCACUCCAUCCUGGAGAAGCUGUAUAACUCUCAGGGUCCAGAGCUGCGACGCUCCCUGUUCUCCCUCAAACAGCUCUUCCAGGAUGAUAAAGACCUGGUUCCAGAGUUCGUGGCCUCUGAAGGUUUGACGUGUUUCAUUAAAGUUGGAGCGGAGGCCGACCACAACUACCAGAACUACAUCCUGAGAGCUCUCAGUCAGAUCAUGCUGUUCGUGGACGGUAUGAACGGAGUGAUAAACCACAAUGAGACGGUGCAGUGGCUCUACACGCUAACAGGAAGUCUGUCCCGUCUGGUGGUGAAGACGUCUCUGAAGCUGCUCAUCGUGUUUGUGGAAUAUUCAGAGUCCAACAGUCCUCGACUCAUCAGCGCCGUCAACACGGUGGACGGAAAGAGAGGUGUGAAGCCGUGGAGUUACCUGAUGGAGGUCCUGGAGGAGAGAAACGGCUCCGACACAGAGCUGCUGAUGUUCGCCAUGACGCUCAUCAACAAGACUCUGGCGGCUCUUCCUGACCAGGACUCGUUCUACGAUGUGACAGACAGUCUGGAGCAGCUGGGGAUGGAGACCAUCAUCCACAAACACAUCAACAACAAGGGGACGGAGCCUGACCUGCGAGCUCAGUUCACCGUCUAUGAGACAGCUCUGAGGUACGAGGAUGGCGAGAUGGACGACUCGUCCUGUAACCUGCGUAAAGAGCGAAGGAAGACGACCACCACCGAUCAGGAGGGAAGAAAGAGUCGCCGCUCCUCCAGUCAGAACCUCCCUGACCUCCUGACCUCCUCCGCAGGCUCCUCCCCCUCCGCCUCCCCCACCCCUCCUGCCUUCGUCUCCCCCUCCACCACCAACGCCCCCCUGUCCCCGGCCAUCUCCUCCGCCUCCUCCCCCAGCCCCACGGCGGGCAGCAGGGCAUCGUCCCCGCUGAUCUCUGACCCCGGCAGCCCCGCCUCCAGUCCAUCAGGGUCCCAGAGAGGGUCGCCGCUGCCCCCCCACACCGCCCCCAACGGUACCAUGACCGCAGAGCAUGAGAGCAGCAAGUCUCCGCCCCCCGCGAGUCGCUCUUUCCUCAGCCACCACAUGUCCGCUCUGGGUCUGAGCAGGAAGUCCAGACUCUUCUCCAAAGCCAGCUCCAUCUCUGAGGAGCCUUCAGCCGCCUGCAGCUCGCCCUCCUCAGACGUCUUCUCUCAGCAGGACAAGUCGUCUCAGUCGAACCAGGAGCAGCUCGUUAACAAGACGGAGUCUAAAACCAGUUUCAACUCAGAGGACUGUAAUGUAAAUCCUGACAGGCCGGUUCUGAGGAGGUUUGAAGACACCUUCCUGCGCAGCCUGGCCGCCACGCAGUGGGAGAAGAAGAGAAGAAGUAAACACCUCAGCCAGUCCAGGCUGUCCUCGUCUGAUGAUGUCAUAACCCCGAGCGUGCAGCCCACAGAGGAGGGCAGCAGUGUCCCGUCUGAGGAGCUGUCGCAUCAGGUCUCGCCGUCCAGCAGUUCGGACACAAACGGACACUCAGACUCCCAGAAUGAAUCAGCGCCGUCGAUGCAGCGUCAGUGCAGCACUCUGUCCAACGACAGGAAGUUCCUGCUAGACAUGCUCUACUCCAAGACCUCCAGCUCAGCACCUCUGAGCCCACCUGCUGCCGCCGCUGCCGACACCACAGAGGAAGAAGGGAACUUCCUGCCUGGUGGAGAUCAGAGCGGUCGGGGUCGUGUGUUGGAGCGUCUGACCAGCUUCAGCUCGCGCUCAGCCGAGUCGUCCAGCCCGAGUGAGGGCAGCGCCUCCCGCAGGGCGGAGCUGGAGGGGCUGGAAGGCUCCGCCCAGGCAGCACUGGCCCGUCUGGCCGAAGAAAAACAGAACCGUCACCUCCGUCAGCAGUGCAGCAUCGAUGUGGAGAGCCACGCUCGCCGCCUGGAGACCAUCCAGAUGACCCCGCUGGGCCCCGGGGGCCCCGCAGACGCCUGGGACCAGCUGCAGCCGAGCGCUGCCGCCCUGCGCAUCAAAGACCUGGACUUCUCCGACCUGAUGGACGAGGAGGACAUCGAUGUGUUGGACAUAGACACCUUCGACUCCUCCUCUUCCUCCUCCUGCUUCUCUGGCAUCCCUCCCCCUCCUCCUCCUCCCCCGGGCCUGGGUGCUCCUCCUCCACCUCCUCCUCCCCCUCCUCCUCCACCACCAGGUGGUCUCGCCCCACCCCCACCUCCUCCCCCUCCUCCAGGUGCUCCUCCUCCUCCCUUGUCCUCGUCUGCGUCCACUCAGAAGAAGAAGAAGAAGACGGUGAAGUUGUUCUGGAAGGAGCUGAAGCAGGCCGACGGGCCGCACAAGUGUCGCUUCGGUCGGGGGACGGUGUGGGCGUCGCUGGAUAAGGUGGCGGUGGACACCUCGCGACUUGAACACCUGUUUGAGUCUAAAGCCAAGGAGCUGCCCGUUGCCAAGAAAGGACCUGAGACCAAGAAGUCUGAGAUUCUGGUUCUGGACCCGAAGAGGAGCAACGCCAUCAACAUUGGGAUGACCGUCCUGCCGGCCGUCCACGUCAUCAAGACCGCCAUCCUCAACUUCGACGAGUUCGCCAUCAGCAAGGAGGGGAUAGAGAAGAUCCUGACCAUGACGCCCACAGACGAGGAGAAGCAGAGGAUCCAGGAGGCUCAGCUGGCCAAUCCUGACCUUCCUCUGGGCACAGCGGAGCAGUUCCUGUUCAGCCUGGCCUCCAUCAGCGCCCUGACCCCCCGCCUGCAGCUCUGGGCCUUCAAACUCAACUACGAGGCUCUGGAGAAGGAGAUCGCAGAGCCGCUGUUUGACCUAAAGCUGGGCAUGGAGCAGCUGGCGUCCAAUCAGACCUUCAGGAGAAUCCUCGCCACGCUGCUCGCCAUCGGAAACUUCCUCAACAGCUCCAACGCGAAAGGCUUUGAGCUGGGUUACCUGGAGAAGGUGGUGGAGGUGAAGGACACGGUGCACCGUCAGUCUCUGCUGCAUCACACCUGCAGCCUGGUGGUGGAAAAUUACCCAGAAUCCUCUGACGUCUACAGUGAGAUUCCCGCCAUCACCCGCUCCGCCAAAGUGGACUUUGAGCUGCUGUCUGAGAACCUGGUGCAGCUGGAGAGACGCUGCAAAGCAUCAUGGGACAACUUGAAGGUGGUGGCCAAACACGAGACAAAGGCCGUGCUGAAGAACAAGUUGACGGACUUCCUGAAGGACUGCACACAGAGGAUCAUCAUCCUGAAGGUCGUCCACAGGAGGGUCAUCAACAGGUUCCACUCCUUCCUGCUGUUCCUGGGUCAGCCGUCGUCCUCAGUGCGUGACAUCAGAGUGACCAGUUUCUGUCGGAUCAUCAGUGAGUUCUCUCUGGAGUAUCGGACCACCAGGGAGCGCGUCCUCAGCCUCAAACGCAAACGAGCUGCUCACAGAGAGAGAACCAAGACCAGAGGGAAGAUGAUCACAGAGACUGAGAAGUUUUCGGGGGCGGUGCCUCACGAGGACAGCCCCUCCCCGGUCUCCAUGGCAGCGGAGGCGGAGCCUGGUCAGGAGGAGGAGCAUGAGAACAUGAAGAACCUUCUGAUCAGCAGCAGCAGCAGCAGCAGCCUGACUGUAGACCAGAGAGGCCUGAGACGCUCCCGAGCCGUCCGCAGUUUCGGCAGGGUGAGUCCGUCUCACAUGUCCGUAGCCAAAGACGACGGGACGAGCUCCCAGGACGACGCCACAGAUGAGAUCAUGGACCGACUGGUGAAGUCCGUCACCCAGAAUCCCUCAGACAGACCGUCCAGCCCCAAGACCCGCAAACGCUCCCGACUCAACAGGAAGUCAUUGAGGAGGACUCUGAAGAGCGGUCUCAGUGUGGACGUGGUUCAGGCUCUGGGGCUCAACAACAAGUCAGCGGACAGAGUCUGAGACUCCAGCUGAUCAGUGAACACUAUUGAGACUGAACGCUGUCGACAUGAGGAGCGACUUCCUGCAGGAGGAGGAUGAACACCUCUCCCUCCUCUUCCUCACUGAUGAUGAUCUAUUUAUUAACAUGAACACGUCGACAUGUUUGACUCGCUGACAGCUGAUGAGCAGCUCGUUCAAACUGCCGCCAUGUUUGUUCUGACAUCAUCAUCACAGUGAUUCUUGUUGCUGUCUGAGCUGCUGGAGGAGGAGGAAACAUCAUCACACACACACACACACACACACACACACACACACAACGUCACCACUAGGUCCAUUGAGUGUUAAAGUCACAUGACCUUCCUCGACACAUCUGCACCUCAGACCUUCACACCUGGCUGCAGUGACAUCACAGGUGAGCUGCAGCACACUGUGAUGUCACUGCUGGGCGUGGUUACAGCUGUGGUGGUUGUUCACCUGAUUCUUUGUUCUUUAAACACUGUGUGUGUGUGUGUGUGUGUGUGUGUGUGUGCGUGUGUGGAAUGAAACCAAAGUUAAACCAACAUCAAAUUGAAUCUGAACAUUUUCCAACCUGGAAAUUUAAAGAAAAUCUUGACAGUUUUAUUUUCAGCAGGAUUCAUUCUGACUCAACACUAAAACAGAUCUUUGAAUUCCACAGUGAGACCUUUAAACUGUUUCCAACACCCCAUUUAAAUAAUGCAGUUAAAGCUGUUUGUAAAGAUCGUGACGGCUGAGCGUCGUCUGAUUUUCCUGAUUUUUACUGAUGGAUGAAAUCAAAUGUUUGUUUAGUAUUUGAUGUUGAAUAAUGAGACGAUGAACUGUGAGGUGGAAGAAUUGUUUUUAUAAAGUUAAACUGAGUCAAUACAUUCAACAAACUUUUGUUUGGAAGCGUUCAGAUGUUGAGUUGUUCAGGAGCUCUGGAAAAUGUUAGUAAGAAAUAUUCAAGUUUAAACUUCACUCAGAUUAAAAUACAUUUUUAAUUUGUAAUAAAACUUUCUCACAGCUGAAGGGUCGGUGGGAACGUUUGUGAAAAUCACGUCACAGAGUCACUGAUGUGGUACAAAACUGUCACCUGCCUGUGUGUGUGUGUGUGUGUGUGUGUGUGUGUGUGUGUGUGUCACUGAUAAUGAUGUUUCAUCAUCUCAUGUUCAUUUCAUCUGAGCACAGAUUACAUCAGUUUUUGUUUCUGUACAGUCGAGUUAGUUUUUUGCACUUUGAGGUGUUUUUGGUUGUUUUGUUUUUUUCUGCUGAUCUCGGGUCAGUUAGGGACUGUUCAAAAUAUAUUGGGGGGGGGGAUAUUAGAUUUUUUUAAAGGUUGAAGAUGAACUCCUGGAGUUGAUAAAAGCCUCAGUUUAUUUUUCGACAAAUUUUAGAUGAGACAUAGAAUUAAGUGGUUCUGAUGAAAUGUUACUAAUUUAAGACCAGAUUUGGUUUGAGACAUGUUUUCCUUAAAAAUCAAUAACAUUUGACGACAUGUUUAAAAAAGAUUUAGUUUGGAAACUUGAAAAUCGAACUAUAGUUUCUGUUUUUACAGUUUCAGGCUGAUAAAUGUCAUUCUGAUGAUUCUUAAAGAAAACGUCCUCAAACCAACGAUUUCUUUAAAAAUGUCCUGAAAUUCUCUCAGAUUUAAAAAAUAAAUAAAAAAUAAAUUUAAAAUUUACUGUAAUUAAUGAUGUCAUGGUGAUGAUGUCAUGACGGCAUGUUUCCCUCCCAUGACUAAGGAACAGUCCCUAAGUGUCAGUUUGCUUUGAGGCCUGAGUUGUAACUUAAAGAGCUGAUGAACAUUUUACAGACAGAAUAAAGUUUGGACGCGUUAAAGGUAAAAUUAUUAAUAAAGGAUUUUAAUAACAACAGAA